UGUCAUGUAAAAUGAAUUACAAGGUCGGAACGAUUAUGUUAAUGUCAUAGUCUUGUUCGUGCAUGAAGAAAAGAAAUCAAACAGCUGUUUCCAGCAACGUCGUAUUUUAUAAAAGCAUAACUUAUUUGCCAAGUUUUAUGCCUUAGUGUCAAUGUAACUCUUACCCAAUGAGAUUAACGCUUGUAAAACAUGGUCACUAUUAGAACUGCAGGCCGGGUGGUCGAACAGCAAUGGAGGCGGUUCUUUGCAAUUACGUUAAUCACCUUGUCUACAAUAGAACUUAACAGUCAAGAAUAACAUAAAAGAAACGCGGUGAAAUCAAGACCUGAAAUUACCAGAAAACUGAUGUUAUCGCGCAGCGAAGGAAUUUUAUUGGAAGUCUCUGCCCUCGCGGCUUGUAAAACGCUCUCGUUGGGAAAUUUGCUUGGAUUCCGUGUCACGUUCAGAGUAAUUCGGUUGCUCUAUUCUUGGCUUUGUUUAGCCGAGACAGAACAAAUUGUAGAAAGGUCAAUAUAGGUACUUAUAAGGGGGGUGAUAAAUAUAUGUCAGCGACCCGAAACCAAUCGGAAGCUAUUGUUUGGCCCCGUAUUUGUUUGACUAACUAAAACUAUAAUUUGCUAUCGCUGCAGUGGGCCAUAUAAAACGCGCACGGUACAGGCAAUUUCACAACUCAACACAUGAGCAACAUGAACGAGUUUGUGACUGAACGAGUGGCUGAUUGUGCAAACUACGGACGAGGUUCACCGUUUGUUGGCAAGUGUAGUGAAAUGGCGUUACUCAGCGGGGAAAAAGAUUUUGAAGACAGCGAGAAUGAACAAGAGAUUCAGUCUGAGAGCGAGGAAGGAGAACGCAUCUCUGAAGAAUGCGUGCAGAGCUUUGUGGUGGAGUUGGAUUAUGACGAUGGUGAUUCAGCAAAGUUGGGGCGAGACGAAACGCUCCCAGACGACAGUAAAGGAGAUUGUAGUUCCGAUCCUGAAGUCAAACCUACUCACUCGUACAUCGCUCUGAUCGCAAUGGCGAUUUUGAGUUGCCCAAACAAGAAGAUGAUUCUGGGGGACAUUUACCAGUAUAUUUCAGAUAACUUUCCUUAUUACAGAAACAAGGAUAAGAGUUGGCGGAACAGCAUAAGGCAUAACUUGUCUCUUAACGAAUGCUUCAUCAAGGCAGGUCGCAGCGAAAACGGCAAAGGUAACUACUGGGCUAUACAUCCAGCGAACCUUGAAGAUUUCGCCAACGGUGAUUUCAGACGAAGGAGAGCAAGACGCCGCGUGAGACGAAGCAAUCCAUUGAAAUUUGCUGGAAGCUCCCCUCAAUCGGCGUAUUUCCGAGGACUAAACUCGUUUUCAUCGCAUUCUUCCUUCUAUCCGUAUCGCGGUGAUGAGUACCGCAUGUAUCCCAGUUUAAGGUACAUUCGUCCGACUAAAAAGAGCUUCGCUAUUGAUAGCAUUAUGGGUUCGUAUGACUCUUCAUACCUUUACAGUCCAGUAUCUGUCCGAUCCUACCCUUCCUUGAGCCUACACGGAAGCAGGGAAUACCCUGGAACCUCCCCAACGCACUCUCUUCUCUUCCACGCAUCGCCGGCGCUUCUGCCUUGUAUAUCAGAGCUAACGGCGGCCUCUGUUCCCGGCGCAGCUUGUGCGACGAACCCUUUGGAGUCUUCAGCAUUUUCCGCCUACCUCGGCUCCAAAGGAAUCGUUGCUCAAAGUCAGAACGGCAGACCAGAAAGCUGGCAAGACACUUUGUCUAAACUGCAAGAGCAGCUUAGGAAAGUAGCACCCUGACAAAGGGCUACAGUGACUUUCACACAUGCUUUCGAAAUGGUCGACCGAACACCGUGAUAAACUCUGAGUCUGUAUUUGGAAGAAGCUUCACUGUCUUCAAGGUUCCCGGCAAAGAAAUGGGGCUAACAAAUCAUAUGCCGAUUAUCAGAAACCAGAAAAACACAAAAAAUAUAUAAAUAUGUCGUCAAAUACACUUGUAAAUAUUUCAGUUUCCUUUAAAAUUCACACGAAAUUAGGCGAAUAUUGUCGGCCAAGGACUUAGCCUUUGGUUAGCCAUUUAAAAGAAGUCUGCAAUUAGAAUUAACACUGAAUAAACAGCACAGUUAUUUAAAGUGAUAUAUUUUAUUGUAUAAAAGUCGGGAAGCUUUAUAAUUCCCAAUGUGAAAUAGAUUAUCAGAAUUUCAGAAGGAAUUAAGAAUCAUGAAAGCAAGUUAUGGUCACUAAAAUUGCAUUUAAUACGCCGCAUCAAAAUUUCUGUUCAAUUAGCUAUGGAUAAGUCAAUUCCAGCUCUUGUUGAAAUGGGAGAAGAGAUAAAAACUUUACUUUAAUUUCUAUCAUAGAUAUAUAGGAUUAGCCUGUUAUGCUUACCAAAAUUAUUGAACAAGGAACAGCCUAGUAAAUUGUUGUAUACAGAAGAGCUUUUAAUUUUAAUCAUUGGACAGUUUGAAGGGUAAAUUCUCAGCUAUAAGGAUGUUUAUUCCAUCUUUUUUUCUGCAUUCCCAGAACGAGAAAAUUCACGUCGGAAUACUUACGAUAGGCUGGUGAAAAGGAGAAAAUAUAAAGCUUAAAUGAGCCUUAACAACCUUUUGUAUCCCUCCAAAUGCAGUCUUGAUGUGGUUGCAAUUUGGUAUUGCGACAUAUUCGCUCCGUCGGUGUGAGAAAUGUUCAAGCUACAGUACAGUGAACGGAACUGAGAGGCACGAAGACAAUCCUUACUUUCACGGCCGAAGAUUGAAGUUCUAGAGUCAAAUUCUUUCAUCUCGCAGAAUGUUUUUUCCAUGAGAACUAAAUUAUCCAUUUAUCCCACAAUCGAUUCUACAGUCAUGCUUGCAAAUUUAAUCCUUAAGUUAAAGUGGAUUUAGAAACAUUGUAUGUUAUCAAGUAACAUGAAAACAUGGCAAUGAACUGCAAAAACAUGUCAUACUCGCUCACAAUCUUCGAUUUUAUUUUUGUUUUACUCUUCGUAUUUAACUAACUGACCCACAGCAAUACUGUACGCUGAAGAGGCGCUAUAUAAAAUGUAUUUUGGGAGUGUUUCAUGGAUCAGUGUUUGCUCGGGGCUAUUUCUGAAAGGCAAUUAUGUACAUUUGUGUCUUAAUAUAAUUGCGCCUUGCAAUUAGCAGAGCAUAAAAGUUGAAUAAUACACCGAAAUAAAAACAUUAUACACGAAAUUUGCUUUGUGGGGGAGUGACUAAUUUACAUGAAUAAUGCAGUUUUGUAACUGUUACAGCGAACAAGUAAUGUAGUUGAACAAAGUGCUUUACCCCGAGCACUCAACAGCACUCUCAAUGAGAUAUCGUCUCAAUAUAUUCUGUGAUCUUUCUGUUUUGUUUCGCGUACUUUGCCCGGCACAAAUUAUUUUUUCCAUUUUUUCACGUCAUAAAUCUUUCAUAAGCAAACUUUUCAAUUUGGGGAUUUUUACGUGCUCAGUGUAGGUUAUAAUAUAAUGUUUUGCUUUAUUUAAUUUAUCAUUUUUGUAAAUAAUGGACGAAAGUGAAAGGUCGGGCGCUUUCC